GUGCAUUACACGCGCGUUGUGCAGGAUUCAGUACAUACAGCUAUGCAUUGAACAGGCAAACACUGUCCUAGACUGAGCACGCGGUGUCUUCGUACUAGAGCCAAGGAGAACUGUACCAUCCAGAGGCCAUUUUUAAGAAGCUAUUUGAAUUUUGGUUGCAGCCGGUCGCCAACUCUACGUAGGCUCUUAGUGGAUUUUGACGACCGUUGAUUUGGAGGGGACUGUAGUCGGUAAUCAGUGCUUUAUUUCCAGUCGUUUUUGUGUUUAACCAACGAGCGAGGAUGACGACCGAAAACCUGAACGCCGUGUUCAAUUUCUACGAGACGAUCACCCCGCCGCCAGACUACCCCACCUUCGUGGACGGCUGGAAGAGUCUAGGCAGUUACGUGGAGACUCUGGAUCAUUAUUUGGCCGCACAGCUCCACCGGAAUGUCGACGAAAAGGGCAAGUUCCCGUUCGCCAACUUCUCCACGUUCACCGGCUCCCACGAGAGGAUCAUCACGGACUUCAUGCACCCUGACCCAGAACUGAUCAAGGCUGUGGUCAAGGGUCACGGCAUGCCGGGAAUUCAAGUCAAUCACCCAGGUGGUUAUGAAGAGAUCGCCACACUGGAUGGGAAGCCGAUCAUUCCAGACAUGCCGCCCCGACUGGACUCACUGUUCAUCUUGAGUGCUUACAGGAGUAAAGUCUCGGACACCGAACUAAGCAACAGCGGCGAUCUGGAGACCACCUGGCGGCAGUGGGCGGGCAUCAACGCCGUGAAAGAAGCCGCCCUGGCCGGGGUUAGCGUGGGCAUAGCCGGGCUGUACAAGCGCUUCACCCCCGGCGAACCGUACAAAGCCGUGACGUACGUGAUGAGGUGCGAGCUGGUCGGUCUGAAACAGGACGACAAAGCCGGUCAGGAGGUGGUCAAGAUCAUCAGAGAUCUGGGGGCGCCAGAGGGUCUGGAAUUGGUGGACAGCGCCCUCUAUUGUCUUGACGCAGACACCAUCAGUGUGGCUGCCAAAUCAAAAUAAGCGUGAGGGCGCUCGAUUACCAGAAAAGCAGAAGAGUCAUGAAAUGACCAAAAUAUGCUGUGUUAGCUAUUGCAACUAAUCCAACUGUUCAGUGUCUUAUUACUUAAAAAUGCAUGACUGUCAAUACACCAUCGUUAUCAGCAUCGUACACAUGCAGGAUAAUUCUCACUAAUUCUCAACUGCCUAUAAAUGUGCAUGAAAAAAAUCGCAGUUCAAAUCUCUUUCAUAAUUCUUCAUGAGCUUUAAUGACUUUUCUUGUAAUCCACUUUUAAUCCUGAUAAAACGUAUAUUUUUUUUUCGUCACAGUUCCAGAACUGGAAAUGGUUUAUUCAGCUGAAAUCAGAGCAACAUGAACGAAACGCCGUUGAAUUACAUCUGAAUCUUCUUGAAACUUUUUUCUUUUCAGGUGAAAUUGCUUUGCCUUUGAAAAGAGCAAACAUCCUGUAAAACAGGCUGUGCAUUUCAGAGUGAUAGAUCAAAUCUCGUGUAUUAAAAAACAGUUCUUCCAUUUCCAAUUCAAGCAUUAGUCUAGCAAACUCUGAAAAACAUCUGAUCGCAUAGAAAUGUUUUGAGAGUGGAUAUAAUACUCUGACAUCGAUAGGGCCUGAAAGUAAAAGGUCAUGCGGUGAACUUCCGGAACUCCCCCGGCCCGCCUUUGGGUAUUUUACACUGGGUUUCCCUUUCUCCUUCUGUAAUUUUGGCAGACUGAUUUCUUACCAUAACCACCCAAAGAAAAACAUCUCAUGUUUUAAUUUUAUCUUGGUAUUCUUCAAGUAAAAUUGAGGCCAAAAAGCGAAUUUCAUAGUGUACGACCUUUCACAUUCGGCAUAGGUCUCCUUGCUCUGUACACGUUUCUGUUCACUUGCGUGAGAACGAGAAUGUAUAACGUUGUCAACAUUUACCAGCCUACAGCGGAUGGGUUCUAGAUUUAGUGAGGUUGGCUUGAGCAGAGCAUGGGUGCAAAUCUACACACGGUCAAUUUUAGAUAUGUUUUGCUUAAAAAUUGAUAACUGAUGAGUCAUUUAAUUUUUUUUCACACAACUUUAAUACCUUUCGAGACUCCUUGGGCUUCAAUUUCACUUCAAUUUUCACCUAAUGAUCGCCACAAAUUGAAGAAAUUCUCAAGUUACAUUUGUCCGCAUGUAGUUUAGAUUUUCGGAAGUGAGACCUCAAUGUUUGGUACGAUAUUUCUCCUCAAGUCAGGCAAUUUAAUAAACAGUUUCCACAGAGACAUAGUAACAAGUUUACAAAGGACAUUUUUCGGGGGUGAUUUUCUUCAGAAGUCAAUGACCCCCCCCCCCCCCCCCCCA